AUGUGCCUGAGCAGUGGCGAGGAGAAAUGGAGAGGAGCAGAGUGUGGAUUGUGUUUCAGGGUCACUGGAUGCUCUUUGUCUCCACCGCCGCUGGCAGAAAGUCCCAUGAAGAAACUGUCCAGAAAGGCCAAAAAGAAGAUAAAUGAGGUGGACAGGAAGCUCCAGGCCUUGACCUCCCUUCUUAGUCCUUCUCCUGAGACACAGGGGAGGAAACCUCAAGGCCAUUGGUCUGAGCCAUCAGAGGAUGAGGACCCUAGGAAAGGUGAUGUGAACAUCCUCAGUUCCUCCGGUACCUUAUCAGUCCGGGAGAUCCCCCUUAAGGUUCGCUGUCGAAUGGAGAUCCACAAAGUCCCGGUUCUUUCUUCGGCACCUUUAAGUGAGGUAGUCACUCAGCUGUCCAUCAAGCUUAAAACCCCACCAUCUUCGCUACUCUUGAUGAAGCAGGAGGUGGAGCUUCAGACUCACCUGUCAGUUGGUGAGCUUGGCCUUGGUAUCGCUGACAUUAUUGAAUGUGUCGUCAUGGCGGAAGACGAGCACAGAGCCAGCGACGAUGUUAUUACGAUACGCCUGCAGAGCAAAAGCAAAAACACGAGCCAGGAUUUCUCUCUGCACAGAGAGACGCCACUGAGCUCCGUUUUUAAUCGAUAUCUGUCCGAGAGGCCCAAGCUCUCAAAGCGCAAAGUGAGCUUUCAGUUUGACGGCUGCAAAGUGACGCACAGCCAGACACCGGCUCAGCUGGACAUGGAGGACGGCGACAUCAUCGAAGUUUGGAUUUGAUCAUUUAAACCUCCAGGAACCGCAGGUGAGCUGGACGAGGAUUGUGAUGAUUACACCAUAUGUAGUUUAGCGACGGCACAUUAUAGGAUUUUAUUUUUUAUGUUAUUGGUAAAAUAUGUGACUCCUGAAUGCACUCAGUCUGUAAUGACUAUAAACUUCUCUUCAGAGAGUUCAGUCUUUCUGUAUAAAGUUGCAAAGAAAUGCUCAGCACAGUGUGUUCAGCUGCACCAGGGAUUUCCAAAGUAUGCCUAGAAAAAAAAUUAAUGUAAAUGUGUUUUAAUUUACUGUGUGUGUAUUAAUUCUCACCUGAUGUCCAUUGUCACUUUUUUCACCUUAUUUUGAAGUCCUUUGAUUUCAUUUCUAUUUUUGUUUGAUGUCAUUGUUGGGGUGAUGAUGAUGCAUGUCAUUUUUGCUGUUUUACUGCCCCCUCAUGGCCAUAUGAAGGCUGUGUUUGACUGACAGGGUGUGUAGCCCCCUGACCUGGCAGCUUGGGGGAAUUCCAACUUGAAUAUGAACACAGGCAGAGGAAUAAUUGAUGUUUCACACAUUUAAUAAACUUUUAUUUUGUAAUUUACUAAAUAAAUAUUCAGUGUAAGGUUUCUGA